UCUCUUUCUCUCUCUCUCUCUCUACAUUGAUUUGGUUUAUUCUCUCUCCUAAAAAAGGCAACCCACAUUUUCUUUUUAUUUUUUUUCCCAUUUUACACCCAAAAUAAUUCAUUUUUUAAGUUUUUCUCUUUUGAUUUCUUAUUUUCUUGGUUCAUUGAUUGGCAAAGGGAGCCCCUUAAUCCAUCCUAUUCGAUUUUUUUCUUGCAUGCUUAAUCCAAAUUAUGUUCACCAACAAUAUUGUUUGAAGAUACGUAUGGGAAUAUCACCAAGGAGAAGAGAAGAACAACAAGCUUCUCUAUUCAAUCCUUUGCCUUGUUGUGUUGCUACGAGUUCUUGUCUGAAAAGGCAAAGGGUUCGUUUUUCUGGACAAUUUUGUGGUGCUUUCUUCUACAUUUUUCUUCAUAUCCAAAUAUCUUCAAUACAUCAACAAUAAUGGGAACAACAAUGAAAGGGAUCUACAAAGGAUUCAAAUACACCCUAUCUCAAAUCUUUGUUGUGAAGGAACGUGAAAUAGAGAUUGGAUAUCCAACAGAUGUUAAGCAUGUGGCACAUAUUGGGUGGGAUGGCCAAUCAGGGAGUGCACCCAGUUGGAUGAAUGAAUUCAAGACAGGGCCUGAUUUUUCUGCCACGUCAAUCGGUAAUUCUGGUUCUGCACUUUCUCCAUGGUCGUCGCAAGAUUUUGGAGAGUCCAUGAGGCAGCAAUCAGGAUCCGAGAUGUUCAAGUCCGAACUACCUCCUGUCAAGAAGAAGCAAAAACGAAAGAAAUCAAAAUCGAGUUCCUCUCCAAAGUCUAAUUCGGGCUCUUCUUCAAGGUCGUCUAGAGCAGCCGCAGCCAAGUCGAAGGCCAAAUUGGUCGAGAGCACCAAUGCAAAGCCAACAAACAUUGAGGUUGCAUGAGAACACAAGAUGAAUCAAACUUGUUAUAGUUUGUGGGAAAAAAAAUUACGAUUAGUGGGUCGUGUUUUUUUUAGGGAAUUUGCGUAGUUUAGCUGCGACUAUUUGGAGUGAAAAUUUGAAGUGGGGGAUAGAAGACAUCUAAAAGGCGAAAACGAAGGUAUAUAUAUAUUGUUCGAACCUCAUGUUGAGAACUAAUGAA